AUGUUGAGGAGAUCAGGGCUGUUAUUUUUUGUGGGGUUUCUGUCAUGGGCUUUAACGGCAACCCAAAUUCCUGCACCCAAGAUAUGCGGUUCUCCAAAAGGCCCUCCUGUUACAGCAGCAAGAAUAAAACUUAGUGAUGAAAGGCAUUUGGCCUACAAAGAACAUGGUGUGCCUAAAGAAAAAGCCAACUAUAAAAUUAUUUUCGUCCAUGGUUUUGAUUCUUGCAGGCAUGAUGCUGUCAUUGCCCAAACACUCUCUCCGGAAAUUGUUAAAGAGUUAGGGAUCUACAUUGUCUCUUUUGACAGACCUGGUUAUGGGGAGAGUGAUCCUAAUCCAAAGAGAACAGUGAAGAGCAUGGCUUUGGAUAUAGAAGAGCUUGCGGAUAAGUUGGAACUAGGAUCAAAAUUCUAUGUAAUAGGUAUCUCAAUGGGUGGGCAGGUGCUUUGGAGUUGCCUCAAGUACAUUCCUCACAGGUUGGCAGGGGCUGGACUAUUAGCUCCAGUGGUUAACUACUGGUGGUCUGGUUUUCCUGGAAACCUAUCAAGUGAAGCCUACAACCAGCAGUUUCGGCAAGAUCAAUGGGCACUUCGUGUUGCUCACUACAUUCCCUGGCUUACCUACUGGUGGAACACUCAAAAAUUGUUCCCCUCUUCUAGUGUUGCAGGUCAUAGUACGGAUGCUCUUUCUCCCCAAGACCAAGAACUCGUGCCAAAGCUUAUUCGGAGAAUAAGCCAUAUGGCAGAGGUAAAACAACAAGGAGCAUUUGAGUCCAUCCAUCGCGACAUGAUUGUUGGAUUUGGGGACUGGGAGUUCAGUCCUAUGGAUCUGGAAAACCCAUUUCCAAACAAUGAAGGUUCAGUCCACUUGUGGCAUGGAGAUGAUGAUAGGAUUGUGCCUGUUACACUGCAACGAUACAUUGCCCAACAGCUACCAUGGAUUCACUAUCAUGAGAUUCCGGGAGCUGGGCACUUGUUCGCAUAUGCUGAUGGAAUGUGUGAUUCUAUCAUCAAGGCAAUUUUGACAGGGGAGUAGACUACUACAUAUGUAAUGAGCUAGCACAGGUCAGUUGGUCUGUGCAUUACAUUUUCUCCUUAGUGUGGACAUCUGAAAUUUUAUUAACUGUCGUAUAAGAAUACAGUUGAUACUAUAAAGGAAAUUUUUAGCCA